AUGGUUGCUGUACGCUCCUGCACCUUUCUUGUCUUGCUGUUCACCUCUUUGCAUAUUUCAGUUAACUGCAUACCUCUACCAGCGGGGUAUGUGUGGGACGGUGGUCCAUUUAGUCAGCGUGAGGAUUUCGAGGAUGUAGUGUCGGUAGACGUUGUCCAAGAUACCGAUAAUGACUUUGGUGAAAGUGCCGGAGAGUCACCUGGCGAACCGUGGAGUACUGAUUCUGAUGUGGCGGUGGACAUGACCCAAGACGAUGUAGAGGAUUACGAUUCGCGGGACGGGGAAACCUCCGAGGAAGACAGCUCUGAAGACGACAGUGAUGAUCCGAGCGACCCUCCAUUUGUCCCAGCCAGAGGUCCCCAGCCUGUAUUUGUGGACAUUGUGUCAACAGCUCCAGUAGAACUGCGCACAUCGCCCGAGCCCGAAAUCCUGCUGGCGCACGUGGCAAAUGUGCAAACUGCAGAGAUCGCAACAGUAAGGAUUCCGCCACCUCCACCGCCUCCGCCGCCAACAACUCAGCCUCCUGCAACACCGCCUCCAACAACGCAACAAACCACUCCGCCUCCGACGACACAAGCGACAACCCAGGCACCCACAACUCAGCCGCCCACGACACAAGCGACAACCCAGACACCCACAACGCAAGCGCCCACGACACGACCCACAACUCAGCCGCCCACGACACAAGCGACAACCCAGGCGCCCACGACACAAGCGACAACCCAGCCGCCCACGACACAAGCCACAACCCAGGCGCCCACAACACAAGCGACAACCCAGGCGCCAGUACCGACAACAGAGCCCACGACACAACCGCCCACCGAGCCUGAACUCAUCCUCGCCGAGCCAACUGAACUUACGGAAUACAUUCCAACAUCAAGAGCUGCCACCACUUCCACGACCGUAGUAACCACUCCGCAAGAAACAACCGAAGUAAUCACAACUACAACAAUACGAAUAACCAGCACAGAAUUACCCACAACAGAGGCAGCAACCACCGCGGGGUUCCUGGACUUCUUCGGCCCAUUCUUCCCGGGGCAGGGUGACAUCGCGCCGCCGUGA